AGACCAUGAGUCUCCAUCUUUGCAACAACGUUGUUCCUUUGGAUCUACAGAUGGAGAUUCUUAGCCGGUUGCCUUCAAAAUCCCUAGCUAGGUUUAUGACCGUAUCUAAAUCAUGGCAAGAAAUCAUCAGCAGCAAGAGUUUCAUCAGAUCGCGAUCCUUGACUCAUCCUUUGCGUUUCCUCCUCGCUUUAUACGAUACAGAUUACGAAACUGGACGCAAAAACUGCAGCUUCUUCUCUUCUUCCUCGCUAUUGUCGUCGUCAUCAACAUCGAUACCAACUACUUUUCUAUCCAAAGUAACUUUGCCUCUACAUGAAACCUAUUACCCUACUUAUUACGUUAAUGGUUUGCUGAACAUAGGAGAGAUCAUAUGUAACCCUUGCACCGGAAAGACCGUAUAUUUACCAGAGAAUAUUGUCUACAGAAGAACAGGCACAGCCGAGCGCUUUUUCGGAUAUGAUCCUGUCAAUAACCAGUACAAAGUAUUGUGCCUCACCCCGUAUACCGAAGGAGACACAAAAACGAAUUACUUUCAGGUAUUCACAUUGGGAGCUAAGCCUAAAAAAUGGAGAUUUAUCGAUUGUGACAUUCCUCACAUAACUUGGUCUAACGGUCUGUGCAUUGAUGGGUCUUUGUACUACAUUGCCAGCCAGGACAAAGGAAUGUGUCUGAUGAGAUUCGAUUUGAACUCUGAGAAGUUUGAUGUAUUUGCUAGACUAUCUAAGAAAAUGGAUACUUUGUUUUUUCUUGACGAAGGUUCAAAAACAUUGAUAAAUUACCAUGGCAAAGUAGCCAUGGCCAUUCGACCUUCUUACUCAGCGCCUUCAGUUGAUUUGUUCGUUUUCCAAGCAGGAAAACAGGAUUACAAAGCGAAGUCUUUUGAUAAUAUUCCCCAGCUUCAUUUACCUAUAAAAGGUGUUAUUAAUCAUAUGGGUGACAUUGUUUUUGCACCUAUCCAUUCCAGAAGUGAGGUUAAUGUUAUCCACCACGAUCUCAAGGGAGCUAGUUUUGAGAAGAUGAAGUUUGAUGUUGACGCAAAGAGUGAAUGGGAAUUUAGGUCAAAUUAUUUCAUGGGUUACGUAGAGAGUCUUAUGCUGCUGUAAUUAAG